AAUAGUUCCCCAUGUCAACGUCAUACCUACGGACUGAGCUCCGGUAGCUGCCGUGAUGGUUGCAUACAUCAUUUCACGCUUUUCUUAGACUUUACAUUUGUAGCGUUUGUUCUGACCUCAUCUUCUGCACGCGCUUUUACCGCCGAACUUUCAAUUGACCCAGUUCCCUCGCGUCGCGUCUCGUCACUCCAAUCUUCCUCUUCCAGCAGCUACAACAGCAAGUCUACGAACGGAUACAAUGCCUGACCCACGAGUCUUUAUAAUCCGCCACGGCGAAACAGAAUGGUCACUUAACGGACGCCACACAGGAGUCUCGGACAUUCCACUGACAGAGAACGGCGAGAAGCGAGUAAAGGCAACUGGCAAAGCGCUCGUCGGCGACGAUAGAUUGAUCGUACCGAGCAACCUAGCUCACAUCUACGUCUCCCCCCGCACACGCUCCCAACGCACCCUCGAGCUUCUCAACCUAGGCUGCAAAGAACGCUACCCCUGGCACGACUCCUCAAAACCCCACACCCCCGACAUCCGCACACACGCCACAAUCGAAGUAACCGAAGCCGUCCGAGAAUGGGACUACGGCGACUACGAAGGCCGCGUCACUUCCGAAAUAAAAGCGGACCGCGAGAAACGCGGCCUAGGCUCCAACUGGGACAUCUGGAAAGACGGGUGCGAAGGCGGCGAGAGUCCAGAAGAUGUGACGGAGCGGUUGGAUAAGCUAAUUAAGGAAUUGCGGGAGAAGUAUCAUAAAGGCAAGUUUGGCAAGGAUGGGAAGCCGAAUGAUGUGCUUAUUGUGGCGCAUGGACAUAUUUUGAGGAGCUUUGCGGCAAGGUGGGUAGGGAAGAGGUUGGAGGAGAAUCCCAGUUUGAUUCUAGAGGCCGGUGGUGUGGGGACGUUGAGUUAUGAGCAUCAUAGCAUUGAGGAGCCGGCGAUUUUGCUGGGUGGUGCGUUUGUGGUUGAUGUUGUGGAAAAGGAACAAGAGGAAAAGAACGAGAAGUCGUAGGUAUUUUCAUGAAAAUCACCCAGGAGUCUACAUCGCCUUCGGAUCUUAUCAGAGUUCGUUUUUUGUACUAAUGUAGUCUGCAGUGCAUAUGUCACAUCACAGCAAUCAUCAGUAAAUAGGUUCAGUUCCUUGCAUUUGUUGUCGUAAUCCUAUCGUUCUUUUCUCA